AUGUCUGAGAUUGAAAUCGGUUUCAACAUUGGCAAUGAAGAGCAUGCUGUCGAUCGCACUACGACAGUCGAUUGGAGUUCAUUGCCGACGCCUGCCCCGCUCACCUAUCCGGAGGAGCCUGCCCUGCAGGUGGAGGAAGACGAGGAGGGCUGGUGCCGAGCACUGCUGAGUUACAGCGCGCCUCUUCCAGUGCCAGGAUCCCGCCUCGGGGACGAGGAGCAGGAUCGAGUCGCCAAGAAGGCGCUUCGAACGCUUCAAGCCCCCUUAGAAGAGGACUUCGCAGGAGUGGAGCGUUCCAUACCGGGUGUUUCAUGCCACCUGGACUGCGGAGCUUUUGGUGUGGACUUGUCCAUCAGUGAGCGAGACUUCCUCCAGGGCCAAAGGCGCGAAGCAGGAAAGGCGCCAACCACCCAAGACAAAGACGAGAUGAGGGUGGAAAAGAAGCUGCGCGAGAUCUGCGCGCUGAAGCGACGCCAGGUCGACGGUGAAACUCUGGACAAACUCCAGGCGGAAAAGAUUGCCAAGAGAGGCUCCCUGUUCCGCGAGGUUGCAGAUCUCAAGCUGCGGAGGGCCGAGAAGGAGCUGGUGAAGCUCUUCAAGAGCCGGAAGAAGGCUUUCCAGGAGGCAUUCUGGGACUUGGAAUUCAAGGCCCUGUAUGCUGAAGACGGACCUGGAAAAGGCGAGUCGGCGCCGUUUGGCAUUUUCAAUGCAGAGAAAUGCGAAGGCCCUGUGUCGGUGAGCAGCGACGGCGUGACCGCAGAGAGUGCCGCGCCACGCUGGGUCGGGGCACCGCUCCACGUCUACGUGAAGCCCGGUGAGGUAUCCGCCUUUGCCAUUGAGGUCGUCAAGGGCCUUGUUCGCCUUGGUUGGGCCGCCCCAGAUGCAGCUGUUGCCGAACUUGGUUGCAGCUCUGGCAGUUUCGGGUUCGGCGGCACGGGGAAAAAGGUUUCUGCAGGGCUUUUUGAGCCCUACGGUGAGAGCUUCGGCGCCGGAGACACGAUCCACUGCGAGGCUGAAAGGGAGGACGGCGUGUCUGCCGUGCUCGCUUGA